AUGACGUGUAAAUUUGACAAGAGAAAGAAUUCAACAUUUUAGGUUAUGUUAAGCUAUUCUUAAUGCUUUAUUUAUUAUUUGCUUCGGUUUCGUUCAUUCGAGAUCGAUAUUUGGUGUGAAUAUCUAGUAAGGACUUCCAAUUUUUACCGUACUUUAUCAACGAAUAUGGCUAAGCAUCAUCCCGAUCUUAUCUUCUGCAGAAAACAACCCGGCGUUGCUAUCGGUCGCUUAUGUGAAAAAUGCGACGGUAAAUGCGUAAUUUGCGAUUCAUACGUACGACCGUGCACGCUGGUUCGUAUUUGCGAUGAAUGUAACUAUGGCUCAUAUCAAGGAAGAUGCGUCAUAUGCGGAGGUCCAGGCGUCUCAGACGCGUACUACUGCAAAGAGUGUACUAUACAAGAGAAAGAUAGAGACGGGUGUCCAAAGAUCGUGAAUUUGGGCAGCUCCAAGACAGAUCUGUUCUACGAGAGAAAGAAAUAUGGAUUUAAGCGGCACUAGCAGUAGGGUUCUUUUUUAGUUUUUAUUAUAAAGACAUUUUUAUUUUGUGAUUUUUAAGUCUAAUAGCUUAAGAAAGCUAUGUUGUUUAUACUAAUUAUUCAAUUAUUCAAAAACAACCCUGUAAAAUGAUAUAGGGUUCGGUUUUUUGCCCCCUCUAGUCUAUCUAUGGUCGACAGCAUACCAACUGCAGGGGAAACUCACUUUUAUUAAAAGGGGUAAAAAGACCAGAUAGUACUCGCUCUGAAUAAUGUUGGCUGGUGGACUUGUGCGGUCAUAAAAAUGGGUAAAACCACCACAAAAGCCAAGAUGCAGGUGUUUAUUUUUAAUAGCACUGUGUAACUGGCCAACGAUACUUGUCCUGACAGAAUUUAAGAUAAAAAAUAUAUUUGACUAGAGGCCGCCCGCGAUUCGGUCCGCGUGGAAUAAAUCCAGCGGGAACUCCGGGAUAAAAAGUAACCUUUAUGUUAUUCUACGUCUUCAGCUACCUACAUACCAAAUUUAAUCGUAAUCGGUUCAGUAGUUUUUGCGUGAAAUAGUAAUAAACAUCCAUACUGACAUACUCACAAACUUUCGCAUUUAUAAUAUUAGUAGGAUAGAUAUUAAUUAUCUAGAAAUACUUUCCAUCAUAUAUGACUUAUAUAUUUCCUUUUUUUUCUUUAUUUAAUUUAGGGAUUUCUGUGUUUGUAUACCUUGUAAAGUAUAAUAUUUAUGAUUGUAUAAAUCAUACUUGUAACCGAAAUUUAAAUAAUAGUUAUUACAUUUCUGUGGAAUUGUAAAUUUUGAAAUUUCUUGUAAUCACAGAGUUAUUCAUACUAUUACUGUAUUGUAGAAAGUACCUCAUAAAAAUAAAUACAUAAAACAAUAAAAUAAAAUACAGUUGUGCAAACUCA